CGCCUCCAAAGCAAGAACAAAACACUACUGUAAUGCUGAAGCACUGCACUGCCAGGUCUCCUUUACGGAAACAUUAGUAUAGGCUGGAUUACUAAUAACACAAUAGCGAAUAUCAUACAUAAUAACAGCACGUCCGCUUGAGAAGUUACAACUACAAGCAAUAUCGGUGUUAAUACAGCGCAUCAAUGACGUCAGCUGUUGAAAGGCGGAAGAACAGCGCGAAUGUUGAUAUGGCGGCUGUCGUGGCCGAAAUAGAAGCAGAGGAGGCCAAAGAACAAGAAAAGCAUCGAGCGGAACAAUCGGAAACGUUACUUAGAUGGGAGCGGGAACAGAUGCUUUUAAAAGGAAACCUGAUCACUUGCAACACAGAAGCAUGGCAAAGCCAUCCAGAUUUUUUUGGACUUCAGAGGCUAGGCGGGGUAGAUUUGUCCUACUUAAAAGAAGAUGAUACUGUUGCCUGCGCAUCACUUGUGGUCUUGAGCUACCCUGAAUUGGAGGUGAUCUAUGAAGACUGCCAUAUGGUGACCAUCAAUGCUCCCUAUGUAGCUGGAUAUUUAGCAUUUCGAGAAGUGCCAGUUUUAGUAGAUGCCAUUCAAAAGUUGCUGGAGAAAGAUCCCUGCCUGAUGCCUCAGGUCCUCAUUGUAGAUGGUAAUGGAAUCCUCCAUCACAGAGGGUUUGGGGUAGCAUGCCACCUAGGCAUACUCACUGAUCUGCCCUGUAUUGGUGUUGCCAAGAAUCUGCUCCAGGUUGAUGGUUUAGAGAAUAACGAUGAUCACAAAGAUCAGAUACGAAAGCUGCAGAAUGGAGGAGACUUUUUUAACAUGACUGGAAGUUCUGGCACUAUCCUGGGGGCUGCCCUGAAGAGCAGCUCCAAAAGCACCAAACCUAUCUACAUAUCUGCUGGCCACAAAAUAAGUCUAGAGACCGCUGUGCGGCUGGUCCACUCCUGCUGCAAAUACAGGGUUCCUGAGCCCACCAGACAGGCUGACAUUCGAUCAAGGGAGUUCUUGUGCAAGAAGACAUCCACAGCCAAUUCCUAAAAAUCCAAUCUGAGCCAGUUGUGUGCUAUCACAUCUCCUAGACUUAUUUUCAUCCUUAUUUGUAAACAGAUGGGAUUUUGUUGAGGAUUUUCUGCCGGAUACUGCUAAAAGCCAGAAAGAUGAAUGCAGUGACCUGAAUAGACAUCCUCUUCUUCUACUCAAUAAUUUACAGCAAAUAUGUAUUUUACUACAAAUUGCAUGUGCACAAAAACACUCAACUGGAAUGAGUUUGGGCUUGGAUAAACUGGGGUUCAAAGUGAAACAAGAUGCAGAAAAUAUGAGGGGGUACCAAAUCGAAAGUGAACCAGAAAUUAAAUAGGUUGAGGUAUGCGCAUCAUAAAUGCAAAAUAUAUACUAUAUCCUACUGUUUGUCUGCUAUAAUUUAUGUGUGUCACACAAUGUCAUAUUACAUUAUCCAGGCAAAAAUAAUCUUACUCUAGAUUUUUAUAUAUAUGUCUAUUUAUACAUUUUAUUUAUUAUGUAUACAUUUACUGUAUAUCUAAUACCAUUUUAGCAAUAUAUCCUGAAAAAUAAAAGAUGUGUUAAAGUAC